UAAAUUUUUGGGUUGCCUGCCGGUUGCCUGUUGAUAUGACGUCACAGGGCACAUCGAUUCAUAAAGAAAGACAAAUUUGCAGGUCGACCAUUUUAAUUGGGGUUAAAGUUCACCGAGACGAUGCAUACUAAUUUAUGGCCGUUCACGCUCCGCAGCAUCCAAACAGAUAAUUUAUUUUGUUAAAGUGUGCUGGUAGAUGUCGCUAAUGAGAAUCCAGACAGUAAACGGUAUUAUCUCCGUUGGGAUAAACUGUAUUUAGGCUGCACCAUUAGGAGCAACGCAGGGUUUGCGUGGAAUAGCGACAGCUGCAUCAUCCAGCGCAAUCUAGAUAACAGUGAUGCAGAUACAGUGUUCCGUAUUUUAUUCUGCGACAUUCUUUUGAGCUUUAUUGUCUUCUCCCCUUUAUAAGCAAGCUGAGCAAUUUCCACCCCAAAUCAGCAUGAAGGUGAUUGUGUUGAUGCAGUUUGUUGCAUUUGUUGCGACAUGUGUCGCAGCAAAUCCAGGCCACUGCCCCAAGAAUGAAGGAAGUGUCGGAGGUAUCUGUGUAGAAGAAUGCUCGUCCGAUUCCGACUGCCUCAGUUAUCAAAAGUGCUGCUCGAAUGGCUGUGGACAUACCUGCUUGGGCAUCCUUCGACCGAGAAUCGGUCAAAAACCUCACGUCCAGUGUCCAUCAGUGGACAGUGAUUCAGUGGGUAUCUGCUCAGAGGAAUGCAGCUCGGAUGACGAGUGUGAAGCAGGGGAGAUGUGCUGCAGCAACGGGUGCGGUCACACCUGUGUCGCAGCCGUGGAACCACCGGGUAAACCUGGCCAAUGCCCGAUGGAGGAGGGACGUACGGACUCGGGCGACACCUGUACGAAUGACUGCGGCUCGGAUGGAGACUGCGGGGACGAGUUGAAGUGUUGUAGCAUCGGGUGCAGUUACGUCUGUACGGAGCCCGUGCGUGGUACCAAUGUUACCAAAUCAGGGGAUUGUCCGGUGAAACCUCUGGAUGGGUUUGGAAUUUGUUCUGAGAGUUGCUCUGUUGAUGUUGACUGCCACGGGGACAUGAAAUGUUGCAGCAAUGGAUGCGGCCACGUUUGCAUGAAUCCCACUCCUGAAACCGAGCUAGGCACGUGCCCAGAGGUUGUAAGUGGUCAAGUGGGGGCGUGCUCAGAAGAUUGCAGUUCAGAUGAAGAUUGCCCAGGUCAGCAGAGGUGUUGCAGUAAUGGGUGUGGUCAUACUUGCACGGACACGGCUCAACCGAUCAAGCAAGGCAAGUGUCCCGAGGUACCGGAGGGCGUAGGGGGUAUCUGCUCCGAAGACUGCAGCUCGGAUGUGGAUUGCGAAGGUGAUGGGAAAUGUUGCAGUAACGGAUGCGGCCAUGCUUGUAUGGAGCCCGUGGAGAUUGCAACACCGAAACCUAGCGGGCAAUGCCCCGUGGUGCAAGACGGUGCACUGGGUAUCUGCUCCGAGGAAUGUAGCUCUGAUAGCGAUUGUGAAGGUGCUCAGCAAUGUUGCAGUAACGGCUGUGGGCAUGUGUGCAUGGAUACAACCACACCUGUUGUAACUACACACAAUAUGGAUUGCAGACUGGGCGAGAAUUAUUACAAUGAUGGAGACUCGGUUCCCGCAGACGAAGACUGCCAAACAUGCCAAUGCAUAAAAGGAGAAGUGAUUUGCAUGGUUCGGGAUCCUUGUAAACAAGAAGGACUGUUCUCCAAGGCGCUCGUCAUGCCCAUUAUCUUAAGCGUUGCUGGAGUCCUGCUCGGCCUCGCUCUCAUGAUUGUGAUCAUAAGAUGUUUCCUGAUCAGAGAAACGACGAAAAGGUUGAGAUACAAGCUUAUGCACGAGGUACCAGAGUUCGAGCCGAUUGCAGGCGCUUCUACCGGAAACGUUCUGUAACAUGACUUGGACCCAAGCAUCGAAUUCAACUCGAUAUUACGUCCAUGUUCUUUUAAAUUUGUUCAUUACAUGAUGCUUGUUAUUCAAAUUUAUUCAGUUUCAUGGAUCUUCUCUGCUUUUGGAAUCCCUAUUGGAUAAUGAUACAACUUGAACAAACAAAAAAUCGUGCAAUUGCUUCUCUGUAGACACUCGAUUGGGUGUUCCAAAAAGUUGUUUUGCGUCUCUUUCUUUUUUAUUGCUGCGCCUAAAGAUUUUAAAAAGCGGGAUGCAGCAGCAAGUUAGUGAAACUCAUUUGUUUUUCUUAUUAUCAUUUGCUAGCUUUUUGUUCUCUCGAUAAAUCUGAUCAAUUUAAACAUAAUACUCCAAAAAGCAGUGCAAUAGGCCAUUUAUCAUGUAGCCUUUCGUCAAGGCCAUCGUGGCUUAACUUGCCGGCAUUCGGCGAAACCGCGAAGCGACUCGGCAGGAGACAACACACGCGAGUGGCGUAGCCACGAGAGCCUUUUCCAACUUGUCAAGAAUGUCUUAUGUGUUUCUUUGUAUUCUCGAUUUUUGCUAACCCAAAAGGGUAGCAAAAUUCCAACCAAUCAUCAGCCUUUUAGUGCGUGCGUGGCUACUAGUAUAUAAUGUCUAGUUUUCCACGAGAUCGUGACCGCGUAAUUGUUCUUACAUUAUCUUUUGUUAAUUUUACUUAAAAAAAG